CCCAGGCCAGUGCCGAGCACGAGCGACUAACGAAUAUUGCAUACAGACAAGAUGAAGCUGUUCGUGGCCUGUUGUUUGCUGGCGGUUGCCAGCGCCGCUCCCCAGCUGAUUCAGAACACCAGCCCCAUCAACGUCGGACAGCCACAAGUGCGGGUCCUCUCAGAGACUUUCGAAAAUGACGACUCUGGUAACUACGAGUUCAGCUACGAACAGGACAACGGACAACGGGUGGAGGAGAUCGGCCGCUUCGAGCCGGGACCGGAGCGCGAAACGGGCGCCAUCACCAAGCAGGGCAGCUACCAGUUCAUAGGCGACGACGGCAACACCUACACCGUGUCGUACGUGGCCGACGUGAACGGCUUCCAGCCGCAGGGCUCCCACCUGCCGGUGGCGCCGCAGCAGAUUGAGGCGUACGCCCAGCUGAGGGCUGACUUCCCACAGCUGUUCUGGGCCGAGGGGCUGAGCGAAGGCGCGGACCUGUCUGACUCGCGGUCGGACAGCUUCAACCAGCGGGGCGCCCAGCGCGCCGAGCGGUUCGUGCUAUAAACCAGCUAUAGAUGCGGGCUCUGCGGGCCAGGGGGCUCUGAGACAAAACUGGAAGCAAACUCAGCCGCGAAUCAGCGGGACGGUGACGAAGCAGUCCAAUAGUCUUGGACGGAGCCUCAGCACCGCGAAGACGACUUCUCUUGCCAGUAGAAAGGAGAGCGGACUUUCGGCGCCGCCAAAUAUCCAAAGUGGCGGGAAUAUGUAUAUAAACUGUGCACACUGAUGGUCAAGGCAGUGCUAAACACCGCCUUUCAUUCACAUACCUCGUGUAUUGUAUGAUUCUGACCAACCUCUGUGCUGUCUUGUGUUAUGGAUCCCAACAUGCAAUACAUGGAUGCUCAAAUGAAUCAGGGUUAUGUCAUGGUCUAGUGGGAAACAAGGUUUAUUCAAAUCGGUACAUCAGCAGAACGCGCUGUCC